UCAACCGUAUUCUAGUACACUCUAGUGUGCUUUGAAUUUCGUGUUGGCGUCCCGCAAGCGUCUCUCGGCGAAUAAUUGAUGUAACUAUUAUUGACUGAGAUAGAUAUUUCUUCCUCGCUAUCAGCGCGAUACCAAGACAACGUAACUGACACCAUGCCUCGCAAGAGGAAAAUGCCAAAGCAAACCGGCCUCCCGAAGGAACACGCCCUAGUCGACUUGAAAGAGGAACAGCUGGACAAGCCCAAGGCCCACCUUCGUGACAUAAAAAACCUUGUCAUGGACAAAAAAGAACUUUUUGGGUCAAAUAUCUUCGCUAGAGAUGUGCUAUUGGCGAUGGAGAACGAGUUACAGCAGUCUGCAUGCAACCGUACCGGCGCACCCAUCAGUACAUCAAAGGCAAAUGUGUCCGAGCAGUGUCCAGAUGAUGAUGACUGUGUGGUUCUAUCCCAAGGCAGCACAACAUCAAGAUGCAGUCCGAGAAAGCGAUCGAGGCGAACGGCAAAGUCUGCCAUUGCUGAUGACAAGAAUGUUUCCCCCUCGGAGGAGACACAGCAAAUUUUAAAGAAACUAGAGAUGCUGGAGAGCAUCGUUUGUGAGGAUCUCUUGCUAUCCGAUGACUCAUCCGACAGCCUGGUGUGUUUAGACGAAUGCCCUUCCCUGCCAGCAGGAGAGGAAGAUGAUGACCUGAUCCUCAUGGUGCAGUGCCAAUCCAGGAUGCUCAAGUACUCCAUAGCACCUCAUGCGCCUUUUGCUGAGAUCCUGGAGAAGCUGGCUCAAGAGUGCAACGUGGGAACAUCUCAAGUGAUGCUCAUUGCGAAGGAGCAGCCUGUGCAGCCCGAGGACACACCACAGAGCCUCGCUUUGUCAGCAGCAGAUAUCCUUGAUUGCAUCAUCAGAAAAUACGGGGAGCCUUCAAGCAAAGCAGCAAAGAACAUGAUCACAUUGAAGUUCCAGUGUGCCAACAAACGCAGCACAGAAAGCGUUGAAACAGCCCUGGACGAGCCCUUGCAAGUAGGAGCCAGAGUGUUUGCUGAGAAACUGGGUCUUCCUGUCUCCAAGCUUGUGUACAAGUUUGAUGGCGAAAAAGUAGACUUGAGAAGCACGCCAGAGGAGCUGGGCAUAGAGGACGGUGAUUGUGUUGAUGUUUCUGUUCGGUCUUGAAGCCAAGUGUCCAAAGCUAAUUACCUCCACUGAAAAUUGUUUAUGACAGUAUUGACAACCUUUUGAGUAGGGGAUAACGGAUGUGACUGUAUUUCUUUAAAUUUUAAGAUUAGUGCAAAAAUGUCUCUGCUCUGCACCCACCAAUUGCAGUACUGUACCUGAAAAACAUGUUUGCACCCAGACUUUCAAAGAUGUGGUAAGAAGCUGCUUAACAUGCAGUGUAUUUCAAUAUGUUUUAGAUGCACGAUAAGAUUGCUACAUUUUAUAAAAAACAAGAAUUCAGCCUUAGCUGGUAGCCUACAGUACUUUUUUCUUGCCUCCUGUUUGUUUAUUGUCCUUUUGUGUGGCUGCAUGAAAGGUGUUGCAGAGUCCAAAGUUUCAAAAGUGUACAUUAUGUUAGUCAAAGUUUUGUGCUAUGUGGCUGUGCUUCAAUUUGCAAGAGACUUCUCCAACUAUUGCUAAUUCAGUAUAAUUGCAGUGUUAUGCAGAUGGUUCUAAGGUGUCACACUGUAUAGUUCCUUUUGCUACAGAUUAGCUGCCAUGAUGUACUAUAUUUAUUAAUUGCCUUGUAGAAGUGAAGCAUUUUUAACAUAAUGAAGGCAAGAUGUCCUCAGAAACUUGGUUUCAUUAAUCUAAAGCUAACUUAAUGAAAUUUGUGUGUUCUAUAGUUUAGCCCCCAAAGCCCAAACAGCAGUUAAUAUCAAAUAAAUGUAAAGCAACUGUACAUUUAUUUCUUGCAUUGGAGAACAUGUUAGUACAAAGAAAACAGUGAAAUAAUAGAGUAAAAAAUUAAUUGGUAUGGUAAUUCACUAGUUGAUUUGCAUAACUAUCCACAACUGAAAACUCUCGCCAGCAUAACAAUGCUAAUAUGGGCUCUACAUCGGUUUUCCAGCACUUAAAUCAGUUUUUGGGCAUAAAAAAAUAAUGCAUUGGGAAGUUAAUCUGCCAUGUUCAAAUGUUUUUGUGUAUCAAAUUAGUACAAAAUUUGGGAAGCCACUUCACUGUUCUGAAAAUGCAGUUGAGAUUAAAGUUUUUUUCUUUAAAUAAUCAAGCAAAACAAUUUUUUUUUUGUUUCCUUGCAAUCUGUCCUCUAUGUGGAACAAGGUAGACUAUUUUAUGAGUCAGUCCUGAUAUGAAGCUUGGAACUUGUUCAAGAGACCAUACUUUCCUGCUUUCAGGGGACACAGAAAACAUUUUGAUAAACAAAAACAUAUUAAGCUCUAUACAGAAAUUCCAUCCAGUUAGCUUCAUUAUUAAUGAACAUAGAUUUCUGAGGCACAUCUCCUUAAAAGUACAUCCUGCAUGUAUAUACAAUGUAAGCUGAAAGGAGAUGUGUGCAUAAUGCACAGUUGUGUAAAUAAAAUAUUUUUGAGCUCAU